AGAAGGAGGAGGAGGCGUAGAAGAAGAAAGAGGAGGACGUCGCUCUUUGAAUUAAAAAUGGCGCAGAGUGGCUGUACUUAUUGAAUAAAUUAAAGCUUCUACAUUAACAGGUUUGUCACACAAGCCGCAUCUUUUGGUGUCGUUACGACGAAAAUAAAUCGCUGUGUUUAGCGGUCUCAGUGUUUAAUAGGAUUUUGAAGACCAUGUCAUCCACACAGUGAGGGAAGCAAAGCAGCAUCAUGGAGGAGGAAAGUCCAACUCCCCGGGUCAUCGAUAUGACCACCAGUGAAAAGGUUGUGGAUCUUCUGAAUCAGGCCGCGCUGAUAACCACAGAUGAAAAGCUCACGGUGCUCAAACAGGUCCAGGAGCUGAUCAUCAACAAGGAUCCCUCUCUUCUCGACAACUUCUUGGAUGAGAUGAUCGCCUUUCAGACCGACAAGUCUAUCGAAGUGAGAAAGUUUGUCAUAGGCUUCAUAGAGGAGGCAUGUAAACGGGACAACGAGCUCCUCCUCAGACUGAUCGCCAACAUGAACAUGUUGCUGAAGGACGACAGCGUGAACGUGGUGAAGAAAGCCAUCCUCACACUCACACAGCUGUACAAAGUUACUCUACAGUGGUUGGUGCGAAACAAAGUGGUGUCAGAGAUGCAGGAGGCAUGCUGGGAUAUGGUCACGCAGAUGAAAGGAGAUGUUUUGGCAUUGCUGGACUCUGAAAACGACGGCGUUCGAACUCACGCCAUCAAGUUCACAGAAUCACUAAUCGUCACUCUGUCACCACGGACGUCAGACUCUGACGUCCCCAAAAGACAGGAGGGCGACAUCAGCCUGGACAAAGUACCCAAAGAUCACUCGUACAUUCGCUACGAUGUUCUGUGUGAAGAAGGGAAGACCGCACUGGACAAGCUGCUGAAGUUCAUGGUCCACCCGGCCAUUUCCAGCAUUAACCUCACCACAGCACUGGGAUCACUGGCCACCAUCGCCCGUCAGAGGCCCAUGUUCAUGUCAAAGGUGGUGCAGGCGUAUGAGACGUUGCAUGCGAACCUGCCGCCCACUCUGGCCAAGUCUCAGGUCAGCAGCGUGCGAAAGAACCUGAAGCUGCACCUGGUGGCGGUUCUCAAGCAUCCCUGCAGCCUGGAGUUCCAGGGUCAGAUCAGCACUCUGCUGCUGGACCUGGGAAUGCCCCAGAGUGAAAUAACCCGCUCCACACCCGCACUGCGCGAGCAGCGCAAGAGACCUCGCCAUGAACAAUACACAGAGGGCAAAAAGGUCAAGAUAGAGCCGGCCCUGAUUGAAGAUGAUGAGGACAAAGAGGAGCCAGCCCCUCUCUCCGUCCCAAAACCACCCGCCGUUCCAGUAGCUCAGUCCGCCAUUGACGUCACAGCCGAGUUCCUGCGUCCGCUGCUCAACCCCGAGAACGUAGCAAACCUGGUGCUCAUCAGCAUGGUGUAUCUGCCCGACGUCAUGCCAGCAUCCUUCCAGGCCACAUACACACCUGUCGAGUCGGCAGGCACCGAUGCUCAGAUUAAACAUCUGGCCAGACUGAUGGCCACGCAGAUGACUGCAGCAGGGAUUGGUCCAGGACUGGAGCAGAGCAAAGCGAAAGAGGACGAUGCAGGCAAAGAGGAAGGCAGCGAGGAAGACUCCAGUGCGAAGGACCUGCUCAUCAAGCGCAAAGUUCCAGCAGUGAUGAUGGGACAAGCGAUCUCUGUGGUGGGAGGUUACGCUAAGAAGACUCCGACCGCAGAGGCUCCCACAGCGGUCAAGAGGCUUCCUGAACCCAUCCUCCCCUCCGCACAAACCAAGCUGGCGGGAGCGAGCGGGAGAAAAAAAGUGUUUAGAUUGUCAGACGUCGUCCAGCCUUUAUCAGACACACAGAUUGAAAAGAUGACCUCCAAAACAGUCAAACGCAUCCUGCAUUCAGAGAAGGCGAUCGCUCAAAGCGGCAUGUCCCACGUCAGAGUGAAGCUCCUCUCCAGGCUGGUGACGCAGUUUGAAGGGAUGAUGAAAGACGACGUGCUGGAAUUCAUUCUGGAUGACAUCAGGACGAGGAGCGACCUGGCGUUUUCUCUCCUGUACCAAGAGUACAACACCUACCUCGGCCAGCUGCCCACCGGACUGCUGGACAGCUACGACCACUGUCUCUACACGCUGCUGUCAGGUCUGCAGGAGAAACCUGAGCAGAGGGACGGACUUUUCACCAAACUGGUUCUGGAGGCUCCCAUUAUAACAGAAUCAGCGUUGGAGGUGAUCCGGCGUUACUGUGAAGACGAGUCGCGGGUUUAUUUGGGAAUGACGACUCUGAAGGAGCUCAUCAUCAAACGACCCUCGAGGCAGUUUCAGUAUCUACACGUGCUGCUGGACCUCAGCUCACAUGAAAAGGAAAAGGUGCGCACCACCGCGUUGGGUUUCCUCAAGCGCAUGUAUGAGAAGGACCACCUCAGGGACUACAUCGAGAAGUUUGCCCUGAACUACAUGCAGCUUCUGGUCCACCCGAACCCUCCAUCUCUGCUCUUUGGGGCUGAUAAAGACACAGAGGUGGCUGCUCCGUGGACCGAGGAGACGGUGAGACAGUGUCUGUUCCUCUACUUGUCUCUGCUGCCUCUCAACCACCGGCUGGUCCACGAGCUGGCUUCCGUCUACACCGAGGCCAUCGCUGACAUCAAGCGCAGCGUGCUCCGAGCGAUAGAGCAGCCCAUCCGUGGGAUGGGGAUGAACUCUCCUGAGCUGCUGCUGCUGGUUGAAAACUGCCCCAAAGGAGCAGAAACGCUAGUGACUCGCUGUCUGCACAUACUGACAGAUAAAGUGCCUCCGUCUCCAGAGCUGGUGGAGAGAGUACGAGACCUUUACCACAAACGAGUGCCGGAUGUUCGUUUCCUAAUCCCCGUCAUAAACGGUCUGGAAAAGAAUGAAGUCAUCCAGGCUCUCCCCAAGCUGAUCAAACUCAACCCCAUCGUAGUGAAGGAGGUGUUCAACCGUCUGUUGGGCACUCAGCACAGUGAAGGAAGUUCGUCCGUGUCCCCUCUCACCCCAGGAGACCUGCUGAUAGCUUUACACAACAUAGACUCAACCAAAUGUGAUAUGAAGUCUAUCAUAAAAGCGACCAACCUGUGCUUCGGGGAGAAGAACGUGUACACGUCGGAGGUGUUAGCGGUGGUGAUGCAGCAGCUGAUGGAGCAGAGUCCCCUCCCCAUGCUGCUCAUGCGAACCGUCAUCCAGUCCCUCACCAUGUACCCACGACUGGGAGGCUUCGUCAUGAACAUCCUGUCCCGCCUCAUCGCCAAGCAGGUGUGGAAGUAUCCCAAAGUGUGGGAAGGAUUUGUGAAGUGCUGCCAGAGGACGAAGCCUCAGUCGUACAGCGUCCUGCUCCAGCUGCCGCCCGCACAGCUGAGCAGCGUGUUCGAACGCUGCCCGGAGAUGAGAGAGCCUCUCCUACAGCACGUCCACUCCUUCACACUUCACCAGCAAGCUCAUAUACCUGCCUCCAUCAUGUCGGUCCUGGAAGUCAAUAAGAAACCGGAGCCAAAGCCUGUGGAGCCUGUCGAGGAGAAAGAGAUUGAACCAGUUCCUGAUCCAGCUGGCCCAGUUGAAGCAGAGGUUUCCGCUGCUGCAGCAGCAGAAGAAGAAGAAGAAGAGUCAGAACCAGCAGAGCAGCAACAUCCAGUCGCAGCGAGAGACGAAGAGGAGCCGAUGGAGCAGGAGGAAGCUGAUCCAGUGACACAGGAGGAGACUGGUGACGCUGUUUCUCAGGUGGAGUCGGCAGCAGCAGCAGCAGGAGGAGGAGGAGAGACGCUGUCACCUCAACCAGAACCAGCCGAGGAGCCGAUGGAGGCGUCUGAACCUGAGCCGUCAGACCCGCAGGAGCCGCCGAAAGACGCCGAAGCUGACGUCACGGGGCCGGACGCUGGAAGCAGCAGCGAGGACGUAGAAUGACUGAUCAAGACAAAAGCACUCGAAACAAAAGGACAUUUCUAUCCCGUGCAGACAUCCGACAGGUUUCUCUGAACCCCCCUCUUUUCUUUUUGUACUUGUAGAAAACAUAUUUUGCGGAUAAUUGUAUAUGAAAGCGUUCCGUAUGCCUUCAUGUCAUGACGAGUUGGCAAAUAAAUCAACAAAAACACA